AUGCGAAAAACAGAAACAGCAAAAUUGAAAGAUGGUGAAUCAACAGGAUGGAUAAAGGUUUCAAAAAAGCCAACGUCGCGAUUUAAUAAUCGCGUUACUGAAUCACAAUCGGGUAACCGUGUUACUGUUGAUCCACAAACCAAUACCGCGUUACAAACGAAUAACUUAGUUGCUACUGAACCGCAACAAAAACUUACUAAACAAAAAUCGCGUGUAACCUUAAAGCAAUCUUCUUUAUCGCAAUUUUUCCAACUGGAAAAUAGAUUUGAAAAUAAUCAACUAAGUACUGCAAAAGAAGUCAAUAUCUCGCGUCAAAAUCAAACUAUUAAACCACCUGCAAAAAAACAAUCGUCGAGAAAGUGGAAGGAUGCUCAAGAAGAAACAAUAGGAAAAUACGUCAAACAAGGUCAGAAUCGACAAAUUACUUUGACAAUAUGCUUUGAAAACUCUAUGAACUUUUAUACGAUAUUGAGAGCUACCAAAGAAAAAAUUAUUGCCAGUAAAAAUUGUGAAAAAAAAAAUAAUCGUAUCAAAAAAACAAUGCCAGUUAAACCAAAUAAUAUAAUAAAUGGAAAUGAAAAAAUUCAAAAGAAAUUGGUAGAUUUCUUUCGCUUGAAAAAUCAACAUAUAAAACAUAGUCAAAAUACUAUAAUUGCUUCGGAAUUUCAAAAUCUUCCUAAUUCAGCAUCUGUGAAUGGUUCAACAACUAUAGAUGUUAAUCAGGAUUUGUCACAAGAAUGCUCUAAUAAUCCUCCUGAUGAUCUAAAUGGUGCAAAACCUAAAAAAUCCCUUAUAUCUUCAAAAAAGCGUCUUGGCAUAUCUUAUUGGCAAAAUCGGGAUGAUCAACAAAUGCCUCAGGGUAAUUCUUAUCACUUAUCAACCUUUUCCGUGUUAACGGAUGACUCUUUUAUAACAACAUCUUCGCGAUUAAGUCCCGAAAUUUCAUCGGAUAAACAUCCCAGAAAAUCAUCAAAGAAUAUCUAUUGUGACGGCAAUGUACAUGAUAAGGAGUUUGAAAAGGGUACAUCAGUUCAAAUUAGUAAUUCUCCAUUACAAAACAAUAUGAAGUCUCUAUUAGAAAUGAAUAAUGAUAAACGUUCAGUGUUUGUGCAGAACAAUCCGACUUUGGUAGCGGCAUCAAAGCCAGUGACUAACAGAAAUCAUGAAACUUGUACGAAAACUGUUCAUGAAUCACAGAAAAAUAACGAUAAUUUUCAAAAAAACGAAGAUCUCAAUUCCAAUAUAUCCAUUCGUAACAUUAAACUUACGGAACAAGCUGAAGCCUUAGAUAUCCAUUCUAAACAAGAAGCUCUAUUCUGUUCUACUUCGCCUGUAUCGUCUCCAUUAUCAUUCUUUUCACAAUCACAAAUUAUUGAUGAAAUGGGUCAUCAAGAUAAGCAAAAAGAGAUACCUAGAUCUCGAACGCCAGACUAUCUUGCCAUUCAAGAAAGGUUGAUUAAAUCUGGUAUUUCACCCGCACCUUCGCCACCGUCAUUGUUUUCUCAAAGUGCAUUUGAACAAAUGUCAUUGUCUACUUUGGAACAAAUGCCUUCACUAAACAUGUGUACUCUUCAAUUUGAUGAUUUCGAUGACUUGUUUUAA